GGCAGAAACGAAAUCCCCUUUGGCACCACCGUUCGGCGUUUUAAAUGUCCUGGACCUAAUAGGUUAUUUCUUCUUUUCUUAUUUCUAUAAAAUCCCUAAUUUGUUCCUCUAAGAAACUUUCCUCUCUUCAUUCUUCCCUAUAUUCCAGAAUUUUGAUGGCGAGGUUUUCCUUCAAUUCAUCAAAGUCUUGCUCGAUUCUCGUUUCAAUUCGAUUAGAUUCUGUUCAUCUUUUUUCUCCGAAACUUUUUCGUUCUCAGAUUUUUACGCACCCUUGUAGUUCUAAUUGACGUCUAUUCGAGGGAGGAGCCACCGUGAUCUGUUCAAAUGGGAAGACGUAAAACUCAGCGAAAAAAUUCUCCAACGGUGGAUAGUGAUGAUGAUAGUAGUGUGAGUUCUUCAUCGACUAUGCGGUCCGAUCGUAUGUCUGUUGUAGGGAUUGAGGAUUUUCAUUUUGACAAAGAUACUUUACUUGAUCAAGCUCUUGAUGCUUUAUAUGAGAAGAGGGGUUCCACGAGAGAGAAAGCGUUGGCAUCGAUUAUAGAAAAUCUCAGCAGCAAUUUGCAACAUCAAUUUGUCGAAAAGAAAUUUGCUACUCUGCUUCAUCAAGGCCUGAAUUGUAUCAAAAAGGGUUCCAGCAAAGAAAUAUCCUUGGCUUCUCAUGCAAUUGGAUUAUUGGCUUUAACUGUGGGUGAGGGAGACAAUGCUCGGGAAAUAUUGUCAGAAUCAAUUCCCUCAAUUUCUCAAGCUCUUAGAUCUGGCUCGGAGUCCUCAAAGAUAUCGCUGCUCGAAUGCUUGGCAGUUACCACUUUUGUUGGUGGAAAUGACAUGGAAGAAAUUGAAAGGUCAUUACAGCUCAUGUGGCAAGUUGUCAUUCCCAAACUAGGACAAAAUGUAGUUGCAGUCAGGCAAUCAGCAGCUAUCAUUACAGCUAUGGUGUCUGCAUGGUCCUUCGUCCUUACAACUAUGGAUGGGUUGAAACUUAAUUCCAAAGAUUGGCUAGAGUCAAUAUCAUAUUUAUCAAGUCUUCUGGACAAGGAUGACCGUGCUGUACGCAUUGCUGCUGGUGAAGCACUGGCACUGAUUUUUGAGAGAGGCAUUUUGGAGAAGUUUUCUGCUGAAGCUAAAGGAUCAACUGAUGGCUCCGCCCUAGAGGAAAGUAAACCGAGGGAAUGGUUUAUGCAUAUACAGGGACUGAAGGGAAAAAUCUUAAAUCAAGUAAAAAACCUUUCGAUGGAAGCUGGUGGUAAGGGUUCUGCUAAGAAAGAUCUCAACUCCCAGCGGAAUACAUUUCGAGAUAUUUUGGAGUUUUUUGAGGAUGGUUAUUGUCCUGAAACUUCAAUGAAGAUUGGAGGAGAUCUGUUGCAGACUUCAACAUGGACUCAAUCGAUUCAGUUGAACUUCUUAAAGCACUUUCUCGGAGGGGGAUUUGUUAAGCACAUGCAGGAGAACGAAUUCCUUCAUGAUGUCUUUGGGUUCACUCCGAAGAAAAAGUUUCUCUUGGACAGCGAACAUCGAAUAUCAACCGCGGAAAAAAGGAUGUUCAAGUCACCAAAUUCAAUUGCCAAUAAGGCAAGGACUCAGCACUUGAACAAGCAGCGAAUGUUAGCUGAGGGGAGAAACAUUGGACACUAUGCUGUAAACGUGGGCGAGUGAGAGAUGUAGAAUUUAUUUAAUUGUUGACAUGAAUUAGAUAUAUUGAGGUGCUGUUAAAGGCUGGUGCGAGCCUCCACGAUCUGUUGAUCCAUUAUUAUAUUUCCGAGAUUGUAAAAUAGUAGGAACUAUAAUUACUCGCAGUUCAUAAUUCGGGCUGUUAAUCUCGGAAUCUCAUGCUGUACCCUCACUUCGUAAGUACUGACAAUUCACAUUUAAUUUCGAUUUAGCAAGUAA